GAGCCCUCUACACGGACGUCAUGCAGGAGAAUUAUGAAACUGUGACCUCGCUGGGAUUCCCCGUUCCCAAACCUGACCUGAUCGCCUGGCUGGAAGCAGGGGAAGAGCCAUGGAUCCCAGAUCUCCAGGCGUCCGAGGAAAGGAAGAUCCCAAGAGGUAUGCACACAGCAGGUGAUGAGACAGUGAGUGAGGGUAAUCCACAGCAGGAAGAUCCUGAUCAAGUGGAACUCCAGGGGACCUUUUUGAGAAGAGCUGAAGGGAAUUUUUCCCAGUGCUUGGAACAGAGAAAAGUCUGGAGUAAUUGCCACAAAUCAGAGAGGAAGCUGGGGAACUGCCAAACUAAGAAACUGGAUGAAUCCAUCAAAUGUGGAGGAGGAGGAAAUGAUCCCAAUGAAACCACAGCCCAGCAGACAAAUCACAAAGAAAAGAAAUCCUGUAAAUGCUUGGACUGUGGGAAACGCAUCAGUCAUCACUCAGGGCUCAUUAACCAUAAGAGAAUCCACAUGGGAGAGAAACCCUGUACAUGCCUUGAGUGUGGGAAAAAUUUCAGUGCACCAUCUGCCCUUAUUGUACAUCAGAGAACCCACACAGGAGAGAAACCCUAUAAAUGCUUGGACUGUGGGAAAAGCUUCAGUGUGAGCUCACACCUUAUUACUCAUCGGAGAGUGCACACAGGAGAGAGACCCUAUAAAUGCCUUGACUGUGGGACAAGUUUCAGAGUACCAUCAGCCCUUAUUGUACAUCAGAGAACCCACACAGGAGAGAAACCCUUUAAAUGCUUGGACUGUUUGAAAAGUUUCAGUCGGAGUUCAAGCCUUAUUAACCAUGGGAGAAUUCACAUGGGAGAGGGACCAUAUAAAUGCCUUGAGUGUGGGACAAGUUUCAAUGUACCAUCCGCCCUGAUUGUACAUCAGAGAACCCACACGAAAGAGAAACCCUUUAAAUGCUUGGACUGUGGGAAAAGUUUCAGUCGGCAUGCAAAUCUUAUUGCGCAUCAGAGACUGCACACGGAAGAGAGACCCUAUAAAUGCUUGGACUAUGGGGAAAGCUUCAAUGAGAAAUCAACUCUGAUUAAACAUCAGAGAACCCACACAGGGGAGAUACCCUAUACAUGCUUGGACUGUGGGAAAAGCUUCAAUGAGUAAUCAACUCUGAUUAAACAUCAGAGAACCCACACAGGAGAGAAACCGUAUAAAUGCCUGGGCUGUGGGAAAAGCUUCAGUCAGCGCUCACAUCUUAUUAAUCAUGGGAGAAUCCACUCAGGAGAAAGACCCUAUACAUGCUUGGACUGUGGGAAAAGCUUCAGUCGGCGUUCAUAUCUUAUUAACCACGGCAGAAUCCACACAGGAGAGAGACCCUAUAAAUGCUUGGACUGUGGGAAAAGUUUCAGUCAGAACUCAGACCUUAUUAGACAUCAGACUAUUCACACAAAAGAGGAAACCCAUCAAUGCUUGUAUGAUGGGAAAAGCUUCAAUCCCCGCUCAUACCUUCCUAAACAUCAGAGGAUUCACACGGGAUAGAAUCUAUAAAUACCUCAACUAUGAAAAAAGUUUCAUUCAAAGAACGAACCUUGCUUCGCAUCAGACAAUCCACACAAGAGAGAGAACCCAUAAAUACUUGGACUGUGGUAAAAACUUCAUUAACUGCAGGAAAAGCCUCUCCCAGUGCAAAGACUCCAGCCUGGCCAGGACCCCCCAUUCCCGGGCCCCAGCCCCUGCUCCCAGGGAGGGCACCACUUGGAGGGAAGGUGCCUCCUGAUUCCACCCUGGCUGCAGGGGGAAGGUGUGAUUGAGUUGACUGUGAUUCCCUGCCCUGUGCCUAGGAAAGCUGCCACCAGCUCCCAUUGUUUUCAGGGCACAUGAAGCCAGCCCAUGCCAUGGGGAGGGCUGGGACAGCGACACCUGGGGGAUACAGGGGUGUGGGAGUCGAGAAACUGCUACCUGUAGUUGUUACUCAUAUGUAAGGGAUUGUAAAAAUAACUGGUAGAGUAACUCCUCACUUAACGUUGUAGUUAUGUUCCUGAAAAAUGUGACUUUAAGCGAAAUGAUGUUAAGCGAAUCCAAUUUCCCCAUAAGAAUUAAUGUAAA